AUGGACAAGUCGAUCGCCUUGUGCGGCUUUGGGAUGAGACUUCCAGGUGGCGUUCGAGAUGCUGAUUCUUUUUGGAAACUGCUCUGUAACAAGUCCAAUGGGCGAUGCAGAGUCCCCAAGGACCGGUAUAAUGUCGAAGCUUUCUACGGACCGGGAAAGAUUGGUCACGUCGCGAGCGAGCACGGGUAUUUUAUUGAUGAUGUUAAUCUCCAAAAUGCUGAUGCUUCCUUCUGGUCCAUGACUAAAGAGGAGAUUGCGACGAUGGAUCCCCAGCAAAGGCUGGCGCUUGAGGUUGUCUAUGAGGCACUUCAGACAGCUGGACAACCACCUGCAGAGCUGCAAGGCCGCAGAGUUGGCGUCUAUGUGGGGUCAUUCGAAGGAGACUGGCAGGAGAUCAAUGGGAGGGAUCCUCAAAGCCACCACAUGUAUCAAUUGACUGGGUAUGGCGACUAUAUGCCUGCGAAUCGCAUUAGCCGCGAAUUCGGCUUCAUAGGACCAAGCCUAACUAUUCGGACGGCUUGCUCCUCCUCUCUUACAGCUCUGCACGAGGCUUGUCAGGCCCUCCUUUCUGGCGAGUGCGAGUCUGCGUUGGUUGUUGGCGCGAACAUCAUCUUCUCACCUAGGACUUCCAUUGUUAUGCAGGAGCAAGGAAUCAUGUCACCGACGGGUUCGUGUAAGACUUUUGAUGCUGAAGCUGAUGGCUAUGCUCGCGGCGAGGCCGUAUCUGCUGUGUACGUCAAGAAAAUGAGCGACGCCCUCCGCGACGGCGAUCCUGUCAGAUCAGUCAUCCGCUGCACUGCUCUCAACGCCGUUGGCAGGUCACCUACCAUCACAACCCCAAGUUCUGUGGCCAUCGAGUCACUGAUUAGACGUGCACACGAGCUUGCCGGUGUCUCUGACUUUUCCAGGACGGCCAUGGUUGAAUGCCACGGAACAGGAACUGCUGUUGGAGAUCCUAUUGAGACACAAGCCAUUGCAAACAUCUUUGGCGACUGGGGCAUUCACAUUGGCUCGGUCAAACCCAACUUUGGACAUAGUGAAGUACCGUUCGACAAAUACAAGCUGAAAGUCCCUCUCAGGCCAGAGUCCUGGCCCGUUGGUCGUGACGAGCUCGUUGUUGUCAAUUCUUUUGGCAUCGGGGGUUCAAAUGCCGUUGUGAGUAGACCAACCGCCACUGAUCAGGCGUUCGCUGCCCGCUACUGCUCCACUUAUACAAUGAGCAGCCCUGAUAAUCUCAUCUAUGUUGACUUCGUAAGUGCCGCGCCGAACGGCCAUGCGGAACUCGAGGAUUGGGAGUUGAUGCCAAGGCUCCUCCUUUUCUCGGCGAAACAUCCAGAUGCCCUGCACAAGUCCAUUCAGGAUCACGAAGCUUAUCUUACCUCUCAUGCCGACUCUUUGCGUGAUAUGAGUUUCAAUCUCGCUGUGAAGCGGGAACACUUGCCCUAUCGCGCCUUUUGCGUCGCUGACGGCCUUGACGACUGGGUGCCUACAAACUGUCGCCGUCCUAUCUUACCAGGGAUAAGAGAACCCCCGAGGGUCGUUUUCAUGUUUACAGGACAGGGCGCGCAGUGGGCGGCAAUGGGACAAUCCUUGAUGCGCAGUGCUCCCGAGUACCGCGAGGCCCUUCAGAGCUUGGAAUCGUUUCUUGGCUCUCUUGAUAAUGGGCCAACUUGGUCACUUUUGGAGGAGUUGGCAGCGACUGGCAAAAGGAGCAGACUCUCGGAGGCAGAGUUGUCGCAACCAUGUUGCACCGCCGUGCAGGUAGCUUUGGUUGUCCUUCUUGCCAAGUAUGGGAUCCGUCCAGAUGCUGUGUUGGGCCACUCGUCAGGCGAAAUUGCUGCAGCGUUUGCUUCAGGUCUCAUUACAGCCAACGAAGCAAUGCUCAUUGCGUAUUACCGCGGGCGGGCUGUAGCCAACUUGGACGUUGCAGCCCACCCGGGAGCAAUGGCCGCAAUUGGGCUCGGGGUCGAGGCGAUCACGUCGUAUCUCAUUCCAGGUGUAGUUGUAGGCUGCGAGAAUAGUCCUUCCAGCACAACCAUCACAGGUGACACUGUGGCCGUGGAGGCUGUCAUGCAGGCUAUCAAAAAGGACAGGCCCAACACGUUUGUUCGGGCGCUGCGUGUUGAUCGGGCAUACCAUUCGCAACAUAUGGAAAUGGUCUCGUCUGCAUAUGAAGCACUCUUGAGAGGAAAAAUAUUUCCUCAAGACGGAAACGUUCCCUUCUUCUCAAGCGUUACCGGGGAUGUGAUCUUGGAUGGUAAACACGUCGGUCCAGCGUAUUGGGUUCAGAACCUUGUUUCCCCAGUGCGUUUCUCGACAGCAAUUACUAAAGUUGUCGAGACUGUUGACGCGAGAAAGGUGUUCUUGGAGGUUGGCCCGCAUUCCGCUCUUUCAGGACCGCUCCGGCAAAAUCUCGACAGUCUAGGAUCUCGGAAGGACGAAUAUGUGAGCACACUGACACGCGACAGCGACUCAUUUGCCGAUAUCCUAAGGGCUUCAGGUAGCCUAUGGUUGUUCGGCACUCCAUUGGCGUAUGAGUCCAUCACAGGCCGUGGCCGCUCACUUGUUGACCUUCCUCUAUACCCUUGGCAUUAUGAGGAGCCUCUCUGGCGUGAGAGCCGACUUUCCAGUGGAUACCGGUUUAGGCAAUUCCCACAUCACGACUUGCUUGGAACUCGUGUGAUCGAGUCGACAGAUGAAUUUCCGUCUUGGCGCAACAUUCUGCGGCCCGACAAUGUCGAUUGGUUGUUACAAUACGAGAUAGGCUGCGGUACUAUUUUUCCAGCUACAGGCUACGUCUGUAUGGCUGGGGAGGCUGUCCGUCAAAUAACUGAGGCUGAAACCACCGGCUUCACUGUGCGUGAUGUGCAGAUCAAGUCGAAUCUUGUGCUGCAACCUGGUCAAGAGGUUGAAAUCAUCACUCAAUUUAGGCGUCUGGCUGCCAACAAGUCGAUGGAAUUCAGCUGGUACGAAUUUUCUGUGUCUUCGCUGGAUGCCUCAAGAAAUUGGAUCAAACACGUUGCAGGUCAAGUAAGGAAACGAGACGAUUCCACCCUUGCUUACACGGUGCCCGACAUGGCGGUGCUGCCGCGUCUAACCUCACGGGAGGACUGGUACGGAAAGUUGAGGACCAAACAGAUGCGAUAUGGCCCACGCUUCUCAGGCCUGAUAGACAUGAGGACGCACGUCACGGAGCGCCAUGCUGUCGCCACCACCAUCAACGACAGCCGCUGUGGUGAAAGCUUCUAUAUGAUUCAUCCGACCGCAAUUGACUGCAUGUUUCAAGUUCUUCAUCUAGCCGACUUGAAUGGUCUCACCAGGCGCCUCGGGUCGGUCAAGUUACCCACAUACAUUGGAGAGAUGACUGUUCGUCCAGCACCUCUUCAAGCGCGACUGCUCAUCGCCGCUCAAUGCGACUCCAGGACAGGCUUCAGCAGUAUUUCUGGCAAAGUCGUUGCUAAAUUUGACGGUGGCAUUGUCACCGAGGCCAAAGAUCUCCAAUUAUCAGCUUUAGAUGACGCCGACAUGAAUCAGAGAGUUGGCAGUACUCAGCCCUCUCAGACCGACGCGGUCCUGGCGUGGAGAGAGGAUUUGAACCUGCUAGACGCCUCUAGCUUGAUCCAUUCUGUGGAAGACCGAGCAGAACUGCACAAAGUUCUUGAUCAGUUCGCCGCUGCAUGCAUCGUCGAAACCGCCGAAAAGACUCGCGACAUAGAGCCUGUUCACCCUUAUCUCACGCGAUACGCAUCCUGGCUUCAGACCGUUUCCAAUGACAUCCGUCAGGGAAGCUAUAGCGGUCUAUCAUACUUGGAUGCACGAGCAAUUUUUACAGGCCGCCAGGUAGUUCUGGAAAAUUUGCGUCCGAUUCUGCAGCAGACAGCGGCGGCUCCAGCAGCGGAAGCGAUUUGGCGUGUCAUGAACAAUUGUCGGGAUAUAAUGAUGGGUCAAGUCGACGUGCUAGAUCUCCUUUUGGAAGGGCGCGUGCUGCAUGAGCUGUACAACUUCAUGUCAAAUUCGGAUUCCUCCGCGUUCCUCGACCUGCUUGCCCACCGGAAGCCAGGCCUCAGAGUACUAGAGAUUGGAGCUGGUACCGGCGGAACUACGGCCACAGUCCUUCCGUCGUUGCAUCUGGCACCCAAUGGGCGAAGGAUGUACCAGACUUAUGUUUACACGGAUGUCUCGUCAGGCUUUUUUCAUACCGCCCGGGAUCGUUUCAAGGAAUAUGCAGGUAUCGAAUAUGCGGUCCUUGACAUCUCGAAAGAUCCUUUGGCUCAAGGCUUCGUGCCAGAAUCUUUUGAUCUCAUCAUUGCCUGUAAUGUCCUUCAUGCUACACCCAGUUUGAAAGAGACCUUGGCCAACGUGCGGAAGGUCCUCCAUCCCAGGGGACGCUUGUUUCUACAAGAAUUGUCACCCGCGGGGGUUUUACAGGGCUGGUGGCUCGGGGAGGGCGACUCGCGAUCCCUGGAGCCGUACGUGCCUGCAGAGAGAUGGGACCAGGAACUUCGCUCCGCCGGGUUUGCUGGUAUCAAGAGUCUCGCUUACGAUGGCUAUCUCAACAACAACAUUAUCACCAUGCCUUUCCUCCCCAGUUGCAAGCCUAAGCGAGUUACGCUGCUCCUUCGUGACGGGUUGCCUCCCGUCAAAGGUCCAGUUUUUGACUUAGAGCAACAUCUCAUACAGGCUGGUUACCAGUUCGACCGCUUCACCCUUGAUGAGAUCUCUGCACGAGAUGUGCCAGAGAACCAAGAUAUUGUUUCCGUGCUGGACUUGGACGGCAUAUUUCUCCGAGACCUUGACGAGCACAUGUUUCUUCUGUGGAAGCAGCUCAUCUUCAAGAUUCGUGCAGGCUCUCUUGGACUGCUCUGGCUCACACGUCCCAGCCAGGUCGAGCACUGUGUGGAGCCGGAGUACGGCGUCGUCAUCGGACUGGCUCGCAUGCUACGUAACAAGGACAACCUGGAUUUCGCGACCGUUGAGAUUGACUCUCUUGAUGGUUCGAGCCUCGGAUGUGUAGUCAAAAUUCUAGACGAGUUCCACGGUCGGAUGACCGAGGAAGCGGUCCAACCAAUUAUGGAGUGGGCAAUAUCGCCUCGAUUGGGUCCCGACGAUGUUGAAAUUGACGUGAAGGCUGUGGGAUUGAGCUUUGAGGAUCAACUCACGGCCUCCAACACAGGCAUUGAGGCAUCUAUUGUCGAAGAUUCCGGGUUUGAAGCUAGUGGUAUCAUCAAAAAAAUUGGCUCCCGUGUUUCCAAAGAGCGGCUUGGGCAACGCGUGGCCAUCUGCAGAACUGGUUGUCUUGCGACUAAGACAGAGCUCGCGCUCAAGAAGGAACGACGAUUUUGGUCCACUCCGCAGCUGGCGGCUUCAGCGUUGCCGCCAUUCAGAUUUCGCAUAUACUGCACGGUCGGCAAUGAUGAAGAAGCCGAGCAACUCGCCACACACUACGACAUACCAUGUACAGACAUUUUCAGCUGCCAGGACAGCUCAUUCCUGGCGGGCGUUAUGACGGCAACCAAGGGCACAGGAGUUGACGUGGUUUUCAACUCGUUGCGAGGAGACUUAUUACAUGCUUCGUGUCAAUGCGUGGCAGAAUUCGGAAGUCUGGUCAACAUCUCCCCGAGAGAUGAGCCAGGUGACCAGUUACUUGCAAUGAGGUCUGCAAAACGUAAUGUGACCCGAAUAGACGUUGACAUGAGGCACGUCAGUCGCCACCGGCCAGACAUUUCAGCCAGCCUUAUGCAACGCGUUCUAGACUUCUAUGUGAAAGGACUUAUCGGACCCAUCGUGACGAGGAAAAUUGUGCCGGCCGUCGAGGUAUCCAAUCUUCUCUACUGUGCCCAGAAGGCGGAGAAUAUGGCCAAGGUCGUCUUGAUCAUGCCAGACCAGUCCGAAUGCUCACCAGCUGAGACAUUCAAAGAACCACUCCGGUUUCGGUCUGAUCGAGCGUACUUUAUGGUGGCUGACAAUGCUCUCUACGACGACUCUUUUCAAGUGGAGCUGGAAGCAAUGGGAUGCAACAUAGUGCGGGUGAUCGGUGACAUGACAAGAUAUGAGGAUGUUGUCCGCGCCAUUCGGUCGAGUGAAAUUCCAUUUGCCGGCGUGCUGCAGUUCCCUCAGAGUUCCAAGGACAGCACAAGCUCCAGCGACGUCUGCUGGGAAGACUGGAAGGAGUCCACAACUUACAGAAUUCAAGGCACAUGGAAUCUGCACCGUGCGUUCCGGACGGAGCAAUCGGAGCCGCUAGACUUUUUUCAUUUGUAUAUGUCCAACAGUUCCAUAUUGGGCAUUGCGAACCAAACCAGUGACGUUGCUGGCGAUGCAUGCCUUAACGCUUUUGUUUCAUAUAGGCAUUCACUCAAUCUAGCUGCCAGCUGCGUCAAUGCGGAUGUCGCCGAGGACGAACUCCUUUCAGCUGAGACAGAGCUGCUGGAUUGCACAGAAUUCGUGCUACGUCCGGACACACGGCAGACGCAGGUCGUCACGGGUCUACUAUCUGAACAAGCACCUACAAUCUCUGGAGACGGCUCUUCCCAGCGCAGCGACCCACGUUUCCUGUUUUGGCACCUUUUGAUGGACGAGAACGGACCAGGAUCAGCGCCGUCGUCAUCGUUGUCGCCAGAUGCUGAGCUCAAUCAGUUCCUUGAUGGAAUACGCUCCAGCUCCGCAAGGCUCAAGACGGCAUAUGCAUCUGAACUGCUUGCACGCGAAAUUGGAGCGGCACUGUUGGGCUUGAUGAUGCGGCCUAGGGAGGACCUUGAUGUUGAUGCGCCACUUUCUACGAUGGGAAUUGACUCUUUGGUGGGCCUUGAGGUGCGAAAUUGGAUUCGACGUACUUUGCUAGUCGAAUUGGCCGUGAAGGAUAUUGUUCAAGCUAAGAACGCCCGGGAGCUCGGUGCCUUGGCACAGGGAAAAAUUAUUGAACGGAUUGAGGCAAAGAGUUGA